UUAACAGAAAAACAAAAAUGUCUGAUGACAUUGAAGCUGUAACUUCUAACACAAGUUGUUAUUACAGAGUUCUGGGUCUGUGCAAGCAAGCCACUUCUCAUGACAUUCGUCGUGCCUACCGAAGGCUGGCAUUGAAAUGGCAUCCAGAUAGGUGGAUUAAGAACCCUAAUUCUGCACUUGCUGGGGAAGCUAAAUUGAGAUUUCAGCAAGUUCAUGAGGCUUAUUCUGUUUUGUUAGAUAAGGGAAAAAGAUCAGUUUAUGAUGCUGGAUUAUUCGACUUACUCUCAGAUGAUGACGAUGAAAACUUCACCAGUUUUAUGCAAGACAUGGCAGCCACAAUUAAAAGAACUAGAUGCAAGGAGGGGUACAGUUUAGAAGAGCUCCAAGAGAUGCUAUUUGAGAUGGUUACUGGCUAUGAUUCUAAUCUUCAUUUUCCCAGGAAAAAGACUCGUACAAGUUGAUGCUUUAGUUACGUAAAAUUUUUGAUGAGUUUGUUUA